AUGAAACGAAAGACGAAAAAUGGUGAGAACACCACCACGACCAAGUCUCCAAAACCAAAGAAACAAAGACGAAGUGUUGUCUUAGAACCGAUUCAUAUUAAUCCCACAUAUCUUGAAGAGCAUUUUGAGGCAGAGUUUAAAAAAGGAUUUGAUAAAUCAAAUACUCCAUUUCCUCACUGGCAAAUUCGAAACUUUGUGGAAAACAGUGACAAUCUCGUUGAAAAAGUGGAGGAAGAACUUCAAAAUUUUGAAGAUUGGCAGAGAAAAGAGAACGAUCUCUAUUCACUCUACCAAUCGAACGAUCUCAAAUCAAUCAAUCCCAAAAAGCAUCCAUUGAUCUUCUCAUUCAGACAGUUCCUUUACACUGAAGUGAGAGAUUGGCUUCAUAAGGUCUCCGGUGUUGAACUUAUAGAUCAAGUCGAUUGUAAUGGUAGCUGUUACGCUAGAACAGAUUCCUUGUUGCCACAUAAUGAUCUGAUUGAUACCCGCCGUUUCGCUUUUGUUUAUUACAUGACUUCAGCUAACUGGGAUUCUAAAACGAACGGAGGAGAUUUACAGCUUUUCAACCACGACAAAAAACUCCAGCCAACAACUGUCGCCAAACAAUACGCUCCUCUUCGUAACUCUCUGAUUCUUUUCGAAGUUUCUGAAAAGUCAUGGCAUCGUGUUGCUGAAAUGAUUUCUGAUGAGCCCCGUCUCUCCAUCAAUGGCUGGUUCCAUUCGUCGCGACGCAUUGAACCGAGAAAGCCACCUGUAGAAAGUAUUGAGAGAUUUGUUCCGGGAAACAAGUGCAAGCUCAUGAAAUUGAUUAACAAGGAAUUUAUGACUGAAAAAAGACAAAAUGAAGUGCAGCAAACAUUCGCAGAUAACUCGGAACUUAAUUUGAGUGGAUUCUUGGUGGAAAAUAUUCACAAGAAAGUGUAUGCUGAACUCAUCUCGAAUCCAUCAUUCUUCACUUCUUUUGGACCAGUCAACAAGCGAAACGUUGCAAGACUCGAUGAGGAGAAGUCUGAGGGAUUGGAAUCAACUCAACGUGUUUUAGAAUGCUUGAAAUCGGUUAAUUUCGCAAAGCUCGCGGCAAAACUGACAGGUGUAACUGUUGUCGGAGCACAGACAAGUGUGACUGUCAGCCGUGUUGAACAUGGAACGUAUUGGGUACUCGGAGAUGAAGAUGCUGAUCAAAGUAACGCAGAUGGAUACUGUUUGGACGUCCAUUUGUUCGUUCAAGAAAAGGAAUGGGACGACGAGGCUGGAGGAAAUUUGAUUUACAUUUCGGAAGGAGAAACAGAAGAGCUUCUUCGCAUUUCCCCAUCACCCAACGCUGCUUCUAUCGUAUUCAUUGAACCUGGGGUUCUAUCUUUCAUGAAAUAUGCCAACUGCAAAUCAGCUGAUCCGUUUUUCCUCUUCACUGUGUCGUUCUACAACGUUCAAGUCGUUGAAGACUAA